CGGCUAAGGGGGCGGGAAUGGGCGGCAGCAGGAGUGGUUGAGUUCCACGUGGAGCUAGGCGGCCUGUCCACGUGAGGGCGGGCGCCGGAGAUGAAGAUGAAGCCGAGAGCGGCCGCGGGCGGCGGUGACCGGGCAUUUGACGAUGCGGAGGGAGACCUGGAGGCAAAGGAGGAGAAUCAGGAUCUCCCCAAGAAAGGCAAACCCCAGGGAAGGAAAAGGGCUUCAGUCCCGGAUGGCGUUGUGAAACCAGUGAAACUCAGCCGGGCUGAUCUGUACAAGCCGCCCACCAAUGAGGAGCUGAACCAACUGAAGGAGACCGAGAACCUCUUCCAUUCCAGCCUUCUCCGCCUGCAGAUCGAGGAGCUGCUGAAGGAGGUGAAACUAAAGGAGAAGAAGAAGCAGAAGAUUGAUGCCUUCCUCCACGAAAUCAAUACCCUGUUGAGUGCUGUCCCGGAGACCCCGGAAACCGAUCUCGCCGACCAGUCCUGGCUCCCAAAGGACGUGAAGGUUCCGUUCCUCCAGGUGCCUGUCAGCGUGAAGGGGAAGUUCCGCUUCCUGCCGCCAGCCGCGGUGACGGUGGUGGGGAGCUACCUUCUGGGCACAUGCAUCAAGCCGGAGAUCAAUGUGGACGUGGCAGUGACGAUGCCCCGGGCAAUCCUCCAGGACAAAGACAACCUGAACCAGCGAUACCACCGGAAGAGAGCUCUGUACCUGGCCCAUAUUGCUCAGCACCUCUCCAAGGAAAAGCUCUUUGGCAGCGUGAGAUUCACGUACAUGAACAGCAACCAUCUCAAGCCGAUCCUGCUCCUAAAGCCUCAAGGUAAAGAUGAGAAGCUGGUGACAGUCCGGCUCUACGCCUGUCCCGCCCCCGGUUUCUUUAAGCCCAGCCGCUUGUACCCCAGCAAGAACAACGUCCGGACGGCCUGGUUCCUGGAGCAGGGCUCCCCCGGAGAAGGAGCCGCCGAGCCCCCCACUCCUCACUACAACAACUCCAUCCUCUGCGACACGGGGCUGGAAUCCAACCUGCUCUUCCUUGCCGGCGCUGGCGCCGACUUCCCCGGCAUGAGGGACGGAGUCGCCCUCCUCAAAGUCUGGCUGCACCAGCGGGAGCUCGACAAGCAGGGCUUGGGGUGUCUCAAUGGCUUCGUGGCCUCCAUGCUGGUUGCCUACCUGCUGGCCAAGCACAAGAUCAGCCAGGGGAUGAGCGGCUACCAGGUGCUGAGGAGCGUUCUGCAGUUCCUGGCUACCACAGACCUGAGUGCAGCUGGGAUCAGCCUGUUGAAGGACACAGAUAGCUCGCUGCCCACCCUGGCCGACUUCCACCAGGCGUUCGAAGUGGUCUUUGUGGACCCCUCGGGGUUGGUGAACCUCUGCGCUGACAUGACCGCUAGCAAGUACAAGCAGGUCCAGUUCGAAGCCAAGCGCUCGAUGGAAGUUCUGGACGACAGAACAGUGGACGGAUUCCAGCUGCUGCUCAUGACCCCCAAGCCCCCGAUCAGAACCUUCGACCAUGUCUUCCACCUGAAGCACGUCUCCAAGCUGCAGGGAGCCUGCAAGAAGAUGCAGCUGUUGAAUGAGCUGAUGGAUCGAGGCGGGAACUAUAUAGCUGCAGCCCUGCCCUUCGUCACCUCCCUGCUGGCGCGAGGGCUGGCCGAGAGGGUGCUGCUGCUGACGCACUCCCUGCCCCAGGCACCGCAGUGGCCUAUCAGCGCAGAGCCCCCGAAGCACAGGGACGCUGGACACCUGUCAUUCGGGCUCUUGCUCACCCCUGAGUUUGCCGCUAGCAUUUUGGAGAAGGGACCAGAGGCAGAUCGACCAGAGGCGGCCGAGUUCCGGAAGUUCUGGGGGGAGAAGUCCGAGCUGAGGCGGUUCCAGGACGGCGCUAUCUGCGAGGCCGUGGUGUGGGGCGCAGAAACCAUGUGCCAGAAGCGCCUCAUCCCAGAGCAGAUUGUCAAGCACCUGCUGUGGCUCCAUGCAGAUAUUCCUGAAUCCUCCAUCUGCUACUCAGGAGCCGUGCUGGAGUCUGUGAUCAGAGCUGGGCGAGAGCCCGCAGGGACUGGGGAGGAGGCCAUGGUCAGCAUCGUCCGUUCCUACGACGACUUGAGCCGCAAGCUCUGGAACCUGGAGGGGCUGCCGCUGACGGUGACGGCCGUGCAGGGGACCCACCCAGCCCUCAGAUACACGGAUGUCUUCCCUCCAACCCCCAUGAAACCGGAUUAUUCGUACCACAUGAGGAUCAAGGAUAAGGAGUCACUGCUUCCAUUGGCUCAGAAGCCCUGCCCGGCAUAUAUAGCCCCAAUGAAAGUUGUGUGCCACAUGGAAGGGAGUGGCCAGUGGCCACAGGACAAAGAAGCCAUCAAACGCGUCAAAGCCGCUUUCCACCUCCGCCUGGCCGAGCUCCUCAACCAGCAGCACCAACUCCUCUGCCGGCCUGCAGCCACUCACACAGACGUGUACAAGGAUGGCUAUGUUUUCCGCCUCCAAGUGGCCUACCACAGGGAGCCCCAGAUCCUGAAGGAGGUGGUCACUCCAGAGGGGAUGCUGAAGUACCGGGACACAGAGGAGUCUCAGCAGCUGGAACUGGAGACGCUCCACCUGCCCUACCUGACCAGCUCUCUGCACGGGCUCCAGCAGCAACACCCCGCCUUCAGCGGCGCCUCCCGGCUAGCCAAACGCUGGGUCCGCGCCCAGCUGCUGAGUGACAGCCUCUCGGAUGAGUGCGUGGAUCUGCUGGCGGCGUCUCUGUUCCUGCACCCAGCACCUUUCACCCCGCCGAGCUCCCCUCAGGUGGGCUUCCUUCGCUUCCUUCACCUGCUCACGGCCUUCGACUGGAAGAACAGCCCCCUCAUUGUUAACCUGAACGCCGACCUCAAAGAUGCAGAUUACACCGAGAUCAGGAACGAGUUUGUGGCUGCCCGGCCUCACCUCCCCGUCAUGUUCAUCGCCACCCCCAGAGACAAGCGGAGCUCAGUGUGGACCAAAGAGCGGCCUUCUGCACAGAUCCUGCAGCGCCUUCUCGUGCUGGCGCGGGAAUCGCUUCGGGCAUUGGAGGAGCAGCUCACGGACCCGCUUGGGAGCCAGGAUGUGAAGAUGGUCUUCCGCCCACCGCUGGAUUUCUAUGACAUCCUUAUCCACCUGAAUGCCAAGCAGCUCCCCAGGCACCUGGAGGGCGUGGACCGACCGGCGAAGUCGUUCAGCCGGGGAAUGCUGAAGAGCGAUGCUCCGGUCAAGACCCUCGCUUUCCCAGUGGUGGGUUAUGAUCCAGUACAGUGCUACCUCCAGGAGCUGAGGGAGGCCUUUGGAGACCUGGCCUUGUUCUUCUAUGACUCGCACGGCGGGGAGGUGAUUGGAGUUUUGUGGAAACCUUCCAGUUUCGAGCCCCAGCCUUUCAAGGCAUCCAACAUGAAAGGAAGAAUGAUGGCAUCUCUAAGCUGUGAGGAGCUAGUCACCGUUCCCAAUGUGGAAGCCAUCCUAGAAGACUUUGAGAUCCUGGGAGAAGGUCUGGUCAGAUCAGUGGAGGCACGUACAGAGAAAUGGACUAUCUAAAACCAUCAAGAGCUCUUGUUAGGCCUCCUGUACCAUAUCUGUAACCCUUUCUGUUUAUAAAGCUGUUCAGGGGAAGAAAAUUCUUGAGCAAUAUCUCAAAUCCUGUUAAUCUGGUACACAUUCAUAGAAGCAUUGCAGCCCUUGAAAAGGGAUAAUAUUUUCUAUAGACAUAGACACCCCCUCUUUAUGCCUUCUCCAAAAUCAUCUCAAGGUGAGAUGAAUUGUUCAUAAAUGUUCCUAUUUGUUCAUCAUGGUGAAUGUUUAUAUAAAAUUUCCAUGUCUCAAAUAUCUGCUGGGAUGUAAAACAGGAAGGGCAUUUCCUAGUAUAAUAAAGAGAUAUUUAUAAUAA